GCCUGGGCGGCGGUGGUUGCCAGGGCGACAGGCGCUUCCAAGAGCUUCUGGUACUCGCGACUGGAGACUUAGAAAAAGGUUUCCUUUGGCGGGCCUGGACGGCUGGGGUCGUCUUCUCGGGGUUCCCAGGAUGUUCUUUUACCUGAGCAAGAAAGUCGCCAUUCCCGAUAACGUAAAGCUGAAAUGUGUAUCUUGGAACAAGGACCAAGGAUUCAUAGCAUGUGGUGGUGAAGACGGAUUACUGAAAGUUUUGAAAUUAGAGACACAGACAGAUGAUGCAAAAUUGAGAGGUCUUGCAGUCCCUAGUAACCUUUCUAUGAAUCAGAAUCUAGAAGGUCAUAGUGGUUCGGUUCAAGUUGUAACAUGGAAUGAACAAUAUCAGAAGUUGACUACCAGUGAUCAAAAUGGGCUUAUCAUUGUUUGGAUGUUAUAUAAAGGCUCUUGGUACGAGGAGAUGAUCAACAACAGAAAUAAAUCAGUGGUUCGAAGUAUGAGCUGGAAUGCUGACGGACAGAAGAUCUGCAUUGUGUAUGAAGACGGGGCUGUGAUAGUUGGUUCAGUGGAUGGGAAUCGCAUUUGGGGAAAAGACUUGAAGGGUGUACAGUUAUGCCAUGUAGCAUGGUCUGCAGAUAGUAAAAUCCUACUUUUUGGAAUGACAAGUGGAGAAAUACACAUUUAUGAUAAUCAAGGGAAUUUUAUAAUGAAAAUGAAACUGAACUGUUUGGUGAACGUCACCGGAGCAAUCAGUAUUGCUGGAAUUCACUGGUACCAUGGCACAGAAGGCUAUGUGGAGCCAGACUGCCCCUGCCUUGCUAUUUGUUUUGACAAUGGGAGGUGCCAAAUCAUGAGACAUGAGAACGACCGGAAUCCCGUUUUAAUUGAUACUGGCAUGUUUGUAGUAAGUAUCCAGUGGAACCACACUGGCAGCGUGUUGGCUGUGGCAGGCUCCCAGAAGGUUGUCACUCAGGAUAAAGAUGUAAACACUGUGCAGUUUUACACUCCAUUUGGUGAGCAUUUGGGUACUUUGAAGGUUCCUGGAAAGCAGAUGUCUGCACUAUCUUGGGAAGGAGGAGGACUGAAAAUUGCACUAGCUGUUGAUUCUUUUAUAUAUUUUGCAAACAUUCGACCUGAUUAUAAGUGGGGUUAUUGCUCCAAUACUGUAGUAUAUGCUUAUACCAGACCUGAUCGUCCAGAGUAUUGUGUUAUCUUUUGGGAUACAAAAAACAACGAGAAAUAUGUUAAAUAUGUGAAGAGUCUCAUUUCUAUUACUACCUGUGGAGAUUUCUGCAUUUUGGCUACGAAAGCUGAUGAAAAUCAUCCUCAGGAGGAGAACGAGAUGGAAACAUUUGGUGCAAUGUUUGUGCUAGUUCUUUGUAAUUCUAUUGGCACACCUUUGGAUCCCAAAUAUAUUGAUAUUGUACCAUUAUUUGUUGCAAUGACCAAAACCCAUGUGAUAGCAGCUUCAAAAGAAGCAUUUUAUACCUGGCAAUAUCGUGUGGCAAAGAAGCUCACAGCAUUGGAAAUUAAUCAGAUCACGCGGUCUCGGAAAGAAGGGAGAGAAAGAAUUUAUCAUGUGGAUGAUACUCCUUCUGGAUCAGUGGAUGGGGUGCUUGACUAUAGUAAAGCCAUUCAAGGCACCCGGGAUCCAAUUUGUGCCAUAACUGCAUCUGAUAAGACACUGAUCGUGGGUCGUGAAUCUGGCACCAUUCAGAGAUACAGUCUUCCUAAUGUUGGUUUGAUUCAAAAGUAUUCCCUUAACUGUCGAGCCUACCAGUUAUCCUUGAAUUGCAAUUCUAGUCGUCUUGCUAUCAUAGAUAUCUCAGGAGUUCUAACUUUCUUCGACUUGGACGCUCGGGUAACAGACAGCACAGGACAGCAGGUCAUUGGCGAGUUGUUAACAUUGGAGCGUAAAGAUGUCUGGGAUAUGAAGUGGGCCAAGGAUAAUCCAGAUUUGUUUGCGAUGAUGGAGAAGACAAGAAUGUAUGUUUUCAGAAACUUGGAUCCUGAGGAGCCCAUUCAGACUUCUGGAUAUAUUUGUAUCUUUGAGGAUUUAGAAAUUAAAUCUGUUCUUUUGGAUGAGAUAUUGAAGAAUCCAGAACACCCAAACAAGGAUUAUAUAAUUAACUUUGAGAUCCGGUCCUUGCGAGAUAGUCGAGCAUUGAUUGAGAAGGUUGGAAUUGAAGAUGCAUCUCAAUUCAUCGAGGACAAUCCACACCCCCGACUUUGGCGCCUACUGGCUGAAGCAGCUCUUCAGAAACUCGAUCUGCACACGGCAGAGCAAGCGUUUGUGCGCUGCAGAGAUUACCAAGGCAUUAAGUUCGUGAAGCGCCUGGGCAAUCUACAGAGUGAGUCCAUGAAGCAGGCUGAAGUUGCUGCCUACUUCAGCAGGUUUGAAGAGGCAGAAAGAAUGUAUCUUGAUAUGGACAGAAGAGAUCUUGCUAUUGGCCUCCGGCUGAAAUUGGGAGAUUGGUUUAGAGUACUCCAGCUCUUGAAAACUGGAUCUGGUGAUGCAGAUGACAGUCUCCUUGAACAAGCCCACAAUGCCAUCGGAGACUACUUCGCUGAUCGGCAAAAGUGGUUGAAUGCUGUACAAUAUUAUGUACAAGGCCGGAACCAGGAACGCUUAGCUGAAUGCUAUUAUAUGUUGGAAGAUUAUGAGGGAUUGGAGAAUCUUGCCAGUUCACUUCCAGAAAACCACAAGUUGCUUCCAGAAAUAGCACAAAUGUUUGUGAGGGUUGGAAUGUGUGAACAAGCAGUGACCGCAUUUUUGAAAUGUAAUCAGCCAAAGGCAGCAGUAGAUACCUGUGUACAUCUCAACCAAUGGAACAAAGCUGUUGAGUUGGCUAAAAAUCACAGUAUGAAAGAAAUUGGAUCCCUGUUAGCGAGGUAUGCAUCUCAUUUAUUGGAAAAGAAUAAAACUCUUGAUGCCAUAGAACUCUAUCGGAAAGCCAAUUACUUUUAUGAUGCUGCUAAACUGAUGUUUAAGAUUGCAGAUGAAGAGGCAAAGAAAAGAACCAAACCUUUACGUGUCAAGAAGCUGUACGUACUGUCCGCUUUGCUUAUUGAGCAGUACCAUGAGCAAGUGAGAAACGCCCAAAGAGGAAAAGUGAAAGGAAAGAGCUCAGAGGCCACAUCUGCUUUGGCUGGUUUGCUGGAAGAGGAAGUUCUGUCUACAACUAGUCGUUUCACAGAUAAUGCUUGGAGAGGGGCUGAGGCUUACCACUUCUUCACACUUGCCCAGAGGCAGCUCUAUGAGGGAUAUGUUGACACUGCAUUGAAGACAGCUCUUCACCUGAGAGACUAUGAAGACAUCAUCCCUGCCGUCGAGAUCUACUCUCUGCUAGCACUCUGUGCGUGUGCCGGUAGAGCUUUUGGUACUUGUUCAAAAGCUUUUAUUAAACUUGAAUCUUUAGAGACCCUCAGUUCAGAGCAGAAACAGCAAUAUGAAGAUCUCGCUUUGGAAAUCUUCACCAAACAUACUCCAAAAGAUAAUAGAAAAUCUGAAUUGGACAGCCUUCUUGAAGGAGGGGAAGGGAAAUUGCCAACAUGUGUUGCCACGGGAAGCCCAAUCACAGAAUAUCAGUUCUGGGUGUGCAGUGUGUGCAAGCACUGUGUUCUGGCUCAGGAAAUCAGUAACUACAACUUCUGUCCCUUAUGCCAUAGUUCAGUGGGAUGAAGAAAUGACAGAUUGUAUCUAACUGUAACAUACAUGUAGCAUGUAUACAUAGCUGUAACUGGAUAUACAAUAAAGUUGACUUUCAUACAUUUUAUGUAAAAAUCAGCACCAUUAUUUCAUAGUUGUAUAUUUACACAAAGUUACAAAUUAUGUGUAUAUAACAUCUAUAUUAUAUAUACAUAUAUGUAUUAUGUAUACAUACAAUUUUGUGUAAAAAGACAACUAUGAAAUAAUGAUGCUGAUUUUCAUAUAAAAUGUAUGGAAAUCAGCCUUAUUUCCUACCUGCCUAUAUCUAUCUCUCUGUCUAUAAAUUAUGGUUACAUAAUACUAUGAAAAAAUUCCAAAUAAGAAAUUUUUCUCACAGUUUCAAGGUUACUAAUUCAUUAAGAAACCUUGGCAGGGGGCAGGUGGGGGAAGCAUGGGAGUGGGGCAAAGUUGAAUUUAGGGAGUUGACAUAACUUGUAUUAGAAGAAUGUUAAACAAUUGUGAUACUAAAAUUAGCUCUAUUGCUAGCUGUAUUUAAUUAAAUAAGUAUUGAAUGUCUUCUGUAUUUUAUUUUCAGAAAUGAGAAGACACUUAAAGAUAUUUUUUAUAAUUUGAAUUGUUUCUAAUAGCCUUAUUUUUUAUAUAGCUUUUCCUUUUUUGUCUACCCUUUUAGCCUCAUCUGAAAGAUGGCAUUUGGCAUUACUCUUUAUAUUGUGGAGAAAAAUUGGCUGUAUUUAUAAUGAUAUAAAUUUAUACAAAAACAUC